AUGCAGGAGCUAUUGUAUUACCUUUUGUAACUUAUUCUGUGGGAUGGUUUUGGUCAAUAUUUUUAUUUUUGCCAGUUGCCUUUAGUUGUGUUUAGUGAAAUAUAUCUUAAUAAUUUUAGAUCAAGUAUUUUAUUGAUUGGAGUUGCUGAUCAUUUGGCAGUGGAUAAAAUUUUAUAUGCUGAUGUUAUCCGUAUCACAUUGGGUCUAAAGUGGGCAUUCUAUUUGGACAUAGCAAUUGUAUUACAAUUGGUUGGCAUAUGCAUAGCCUAUUUAAUAUUUUUGGCUGAAUCUGUAACACAAUCUCUGCUAUCGAUUGGAAUUGAAUUUGAGAAAUGGCAGUCAUUAUGUAUGACAUUGCUCAUUAUCUUUCCUUUAUCCUAUAUAAAGAACAUCCACUUCUUUCAUUUAACAAGUAAAUACGGAUUCUAUGCUGCCAUUAUGGGUUUCAUAGUAGUUUUCUAUGAUUGCUCCAUAAGGUUCUCAAAAGGAUUGUACAGUUUUGAGAAUGCCAUCAAUAUUAGAAGCUCUUUUCAUUACGUUGGAGUUGCCAUUCUCUGUUGCGAAGGCAUAUUAACCAUACUACCAAUCCGUGACAGCAUGGUCAACAAACUAGAUUUCAAAAUGGUUGCAAUUAACAGUAUGAUUACAGCAUUUGGAAUCUCCAUUUUCAUAGCUUUGAUUGCUGUUCCAACAUAUUAAUCAGACAUCAAACCCAUACUAAUUUUUAAUUUAGAAAAUCCUUAUCUAUAAUUCAUUUCAGUUGUGUUUUAUUCUAUCAGUCUAUUAUUAACAUAUCCUUUGUAAUUGUUCCCAGCUGUGUAAAUAAUUGAAAGAAUGAUUUUAGAGAAGUAAUCAUAUUAGGAAGUUCCACUAUAACCUUAAAUUAAUGAAUUUGAAAAUAAUUAAAUUCAAAAUAAUACUGAAGAUUCAAUGUUUGCAGAUACCAAAAUACAAAUUGUGAUAAGAACUCUAGCUAUGAUGUGCAUAUAUUUAAUAGCUUACUAUGUCCCACAUUUGUCUCACUUUUUGAAUUUCAUGGGAAGUAUUUUUGGAUCUCUAUUAUAAUUCUGUUUCCCUGUAUUGGCCCACAUGAUUCAUUUCAAGAAGACAUCUGAGCCUUAACCUAAAGCAACCUAUACGUUUGUUUUGAUAGUAGCCAUAUUAGCAAUGGUGUUGGGUUCAAUAGAAUCCUUAAGAGCUAUGAUGUGA